AUGGAGGUGACACUCACACCCCAGGAACUGAGCCAAUACAACGGUAGGGACCCCUCCAAGCCCAUAUACGUGGCUAUCAAGGGUCGCAUCUUCGACGUCACGACAGGAAAGUCCUUCUACGGCCCCGAAGGUUCGUACUCGAUGUUCGCCGGGAAGGACGCGAGCAGGGCUCUGGGAAAGAUGAGCAAGAGCGACGAAGACAUCUCUCCCUCCAUCGACGAUCUCACCGAGAAGGAGAUGGGCGUUCUUAAUGAUUGGGAGAAGAAGUUCGAAGCUAAGUACCCUAUCAUAGGUCGUGUGGUGUAGUUGGUUCUUGAAGAAAUUGCAAUUCCCCACCACCUAUCACCUAUCUAUACUCCCCUGUUUCUAAUGCUUUAAUUAAUCUCUCAUAAACUCAUAAUAAUAUAUUAUGAUAUCAUAUGUUACCUAUACAUAUCAUGGGAUUUUACUUAAUCUGUUUAUCUUUUAUCUUGAUAAACAUGUAUGUGUCCAAUCUGAUUAUUGUGGAUCUUGCUUCUAUUUGCCUGACUUGAUAAUAAAUGCAUAUGGUUUCAUCAUGUAAAAUUAUGUUUGUUUGAAAGGAAUGUGUAGUUCACUCUUA